ACCUUCUAAAAACCUGAAAGAAAGGAUAUUUUGAUCUGAAAUUCCGCUCGUUGCUGAAAAUUUCAAGUCAAAAUUCCUUUGUUUCGAUUUUUUCUUGAGAUGGAAUAUUCCAUUCCUUAACACUAUGUUUAACAAUAUCACUUCAAAAAAAAACCAAAGCUGUACAUCGCUUCUAUGAAUAAAAACAAAAAAAAAAACUUCAGAAAAGAAAAGUAUUGUAGAAGGAACGUUGAAUUCUUAAGGAAGGGUUAACUUCCUCUACUAUUUUUAUCAUAUAAAUGAUAUAAACAUAUUCUAUUUCAUUUUCUAUUUUAAAAAAGUAAAUAUUUCUUUUAGUUCCUAUAUUUCAACGUGUAAAACGAAAUUAUUUUCUCUAUAUAUUAAAUUCAUCAACAUUAUUACAUACACGUAGUAUAAUCGAUUAUCGUGGUCCAUUUUUUUCACCAUUUAUAUUUACAAAUGAAUUUUCACUUCUAUUUAAUAUUUAUCCAUCAUUAUCAAAUUGUUGUUCAACAUUAGCUAUUUUAAAAAAUAUUGAACCAUCAUCAAAUAUACGUCUUAUUGAAGUUUAUUCAUUACCAUAUACAUGUACAACAUUAAAAGCAAUAACACGACGAAAUAUUUUACGUUAUGUUGAUAGAAAACAACUUAAACAAUUACGUUUACCAGACAAUUUAAAAGCUUAUUUAGCUUAUAAACCACAAUUUGUUUAA